AUGAUAUUUUCAAUAUUGGACAAAGGCAGUGACUCUUCCAAUGAUGAUGGUGGAAGUGGUAAUGAAGAAGAUUUUGAUUUAGAUGAAUAUGAAAAAACUGAUGACAAUGAAGAAGAGAAUGUUAUGGGUGAUGAAGAAGGUGAGGGUAGUGAAGGUGAAGAGAAGGAUGGUCAAGCUGAUGAAGAUUCUGAGUCAAAAGAAAAAAAUGAUAAGGGCAGUGAUGAUGAAUGCACUGAUAGUGAGGAGAAGAAUUUCGUUGAUUUCAAUGACGGAUCUACUCAAAUAGAUGUUGAGGCUACUGUUCAGUCUGGUGUGAAAGCAGUUGAGAUUAUGAUGUCUUCAGAUGGAAUUGGUGGUGACUCUAGUAAACAGAUUUCAGUUUCUGAAAAUGUUGAGGUUACGGAUCGUCGUCUUGUUUGUUUUGAGAUGGGUGCAACAGGUCUCAAUGUUGAUUCUAACAUUGAACUUGUUGAAGAUGACCCAAUUCCCGUUGAAGAAACUCCUCUUGUUGACAAGAGGAAAUCUAAGAAACCCAUAGCGUUGACGUCUCCGUUUAUGGAGUAUGACUCUUCCAUUUCUAGUUCUAAAGAUGGUUCUAGUUAUGGAGUUGUUAAGUAUGUGGCUGGUUUGUGUCCUCUUGAUGAUAAGAUUGGUGAAGAUGUAGAACAUAAAUACGAGAAUGAUUUUGACUUGUGGCUUGGUGAAGGACGACGAUCAAAGAAAGAUCCGUAAGUGUUUAAUUUCAGCACUUUUGUUGUGUUUUUUGUAUAUUUUGUUUUUUACUUUACUAUUUAUGUUUCAAUUCUAUUUUUUUUUAUGUUAGCCAUGACAACGACAAGGUUUACUUGAAGGGUAAGGAUAAGAUUGUUCCCCCUUUUCGUUUUGGCGUGGAAGAUGUUGCAACCAAGAUGUGGUUCCACAAGCUUGCAUAUCCUGCCAAUGUUUAACUAAUUCUGUAAGUUAAUUUUUUUUUUGAUUUUUUAAAAAAAUGUCAGUCUAUAGUUUUCUUCAUGUUGUUUGUUGGUUGUUUUUCAGUUGUUGAUAUAUAAUUCAUUUUCUUAAUUUUGAACAUUUCUCAUUUUUUAUUGUUUAGCAUUUGGAUAUCAUUUUUUACUAUCUACGUAAAAAAGGAAAGUAUGCAAAGGAGCCAAAGGUUAAGUUCACAACCACCGAUUGCUUAUUCUUCAAAACCAUUCAUGCUUUGUAUGAAAAAUUUGUUGCACAGAAAAAAGAUCAUUCUUUGAUAACUGCCCAGCAUGCCAUUGCUGAUUAUAUCAGAGGUAGAAAAAUGUUAUGUGGUUCCCCUUGGCAUUUGUGCGAUCAUGUUUUGUUUAUCAUCCAUAUGGAGACUGAAUCACAUUGGAUUCUUGGUCGCUUGAAUAUUGAGGAAAGGCGUAUGUACAUGUACGACUCCUUGUCGACUGCUAUGAAAGAUAGUGCCGCUAUCAAAGCUUGUCAGCAAUUUGCGGUGUUGUUGCCCCACUUUUUUGCUUUGUUCGAUGAGUUCAAAAAGGAAAACAAACCUGUUUGUUUAGACCCUUUCGAAGUUGUUAAGGUUGAUGGUUUGCCUCAACAAACCUCGAAGUAAGUUGUUUUUAGUUUUUAUUUUCAAGUGUUGUUUUAUUUUUAUUUUUUAUGUUAUUUUCCUUUUUUUAAGUUUUUCUGAUGUUGUUUUUUGGUUGUUUUCCAGUGACUGUGGUUGUUUCGUGGUAUCGUUUGCCGAAUACUUCAUUGAUAUGAAACCGAUUCCUCCCAUAUUUGAUGUUGAGAAACACCGUGAUAGGCUUGCUGUAUUGUUCUAUAAGUAUGCUCGCAUGAAAGAAGUGGAUUUUAUUGAUACUGAAGAUGAGGCUCCUCCAAAGAGUUCAAAGAAGAAUUUGUUUUAGUUAUCUAUUUGUUGUUGUUGGAAAUAGUACUUUUUUAUUGAGCUUUUGUUUUUUCUAUUACCAGAUUAUGUUCAUAAUUAUAGACAAGUUGUUGUUUCUAUCAUGUUUUUUUUUUUUAUUGAAAUUGGUUUUUUAUUUGUUCCUAGUUUUGGGUUUUUAAUUUUUAUAUUCAGUUUAAUCCAUGAAAGCAUAUCAUUAACAACCUUAUUACAACCAUCUUACAAACGACUAAUUUGCAUUUUAAUCACUUUAUGUAGUUUUGUUUCGUUCUUAUUAAUUUCAACUUUAUUGCACUCAUUUAAUUAUUUAACUAUAAUAUUUGAUGUUCUUUGUAUAUUAAUGAUAAUAAUACCAAUUCUCUAUUAUCAAUAUCUCUCCACAUAAAAAUUCACAGUAAAAAAAAUGUAACAACCAAUAGUAAUAUGCAGUAUGUUUUUUAAAUGUUUUAGUAUAGUUGUUUUUUGGUUGAUGUGUAGUUGUUUGUACUUCUAUGUU